AUGAAGUCCGUCUGCAAAGCCUUGACGGCGCGGCUCAAGACUCAAAUUGGCCAGCUGAUCGACGUGAACCAGUCCGGGUUUAUGGCUGGGAGAAGCAUAUCUGAGAAUUUUGUCUACGCUACCGAGAUUGUGCAAUGUUGUCAUCGGCGCAAAGCACCAGCUGUGGUCCUGAAACUUGACUUCACAAAGGCCUUUGACUCGAUCGAUUGGGGCAGUUUGCGAAAAGUGCUCGCGGCUAGAGGUUUUCCUGACACUUGGUGUGAUUGGAUGGAUGCUAUUUUCUCCUCAUCGCUAUGCAAAAGAGGCCUGCGACAGGGCGAUCCCCUGUCACCCUAUCUAUACCUGCUGAUGGGAGAUCUGCUGCAGCGGCUGUUCCUGCAGGACGACAUUCUGCGCCACCCGCUUGCUGAUGAUGCGCCAUGCCCCGUCCUGCAGUAUGCGGAUGACACGCUGAUCAUCUUCAGAGCGAGCGUGGCUGCAGCGGCGCGGGCUAGACUCAUCCUGGACCAGUUUGCUCUUGCUACCGGCCUGGUGAUCAACUUCACGAAGAGCACCAUGGUCUCAAUGCAUUGCGGGGCUGAUCUUGUAGAGGACAUGCAGAAGGUGCUCGGCUGCAGAGUUGAAGGGUUCCCGCAGACUUAUCUCGGCCUUCCGUUGACCUGCGACAAGCUCAAGAUGGCUCACUUCGUUCCUCUCAUUGCAAAAGUCGAUAAGUACCUCUCCGGCUGGUGCUCCCUCCUUCUUUCUGCCGGCGGCCGGCUCGUGCUGCUCAAUGCUGUGCUGGACGCGCUCCCGGCGUAUGCAAUGGGUGCCCUGGCGCUUCCCCCGCCCUCCUCAAAGCCAUUGACGCGCUCCGCCGUGCCUUCCUCUGGAACGUGGAGGGACGGGCCUCCGGUGCAAAAUGCCUGGUCGCCUGGACGAGUGUCUGCCGGCCGAAGGAAGACGGCGGGCUGGGCAUCAAGAAUCAACGGUCCGGUGGCCGCCGGCAAACGCGCCGACGUUGGGGCGCACUGGGCUGCCCUUGUGGAACUGAUGCCACUCUAUCGAAGCAUCUCGAAGCCGAUCGUGGGCGACGGGCAACGCACCAGCUUCUGGGAUGAUGACUGGCUCGGGAUCGGAGCCCUCCGUCAUACCGCGCCGGCGCUGUUCUCCCAUGCUACAAAACCCCAGGCCUCUGUCGUAGCGGUGCUUCGGCGUGGGGUUAGAGAAUCCUUGGUCGCCAGGCUCACAGUUGAGGCGGAGAACGAGCUGGAUCGUGUCAUGCGCCUCGUCGCGGCGGUUCAGCUCUCCGACGUCCCUGACUCACGCUUGCUCGUCAGAUGUUUCAAGAAAGGUGGCGCCCUGGCUGUCUGCGAGCUUUACACCCUGCUGUUGACCGGAGGGGUCACUGCCCCGUACGCCAGUUUUGUCUGGGAGAGCUUUGCUCCAUCUAAGGCAAAAUUCUUUGCCUGGCUGCUGAUGCGCGCUCGGAUUCAGUCGAGGGCGGCGCUGCUCCGGCGGCACAUCCUCACGGCGGAUGAGGCUGGGUGCGAGAUCUGCGGUGAGGCGCUGGAGACUGCUGACCACAUCAUGUUCGGCUGCCCCUUCGCGAAAAACUUCUGGUCUGCGGUCGGUUGGCCUCUGCCGGAGAGCGCCCAUGUUGAGCUGCUGCACUCCUAUGCCGCCCCCAUCGCUUUUGGCAAGAGCGCGGCGUCUACCAUGACCAUCCUCCUCUGUUGGAACCUGUGGAAGCAUCGUAAUGGGGUCGUCUUCCGUCAUGAUCAACCAUGCCUGACCCGCCUGCUGCGUGCGUGCAGAGAGGACACCGGCUUGUGGCGCGCGCGCAUGCCGCGAGCGAUCGCUGGUGAGGCGGCCGCGUGGGACUCCUGUCUCCAUGAGCGCAACUAG